AUGGCCACUACCGUUGACCAAAACAUUGAACAAUAUCCUUCUAUUCCAAACAACCACUUCGGUCCUAACAAUGACGAAUAUCAUACACUAGAUCCCGGGUCCCUGACAACAAGCUUUGAACGAAAUGUCCAACAUCAACGCAAUGAAUCAUCCUAUUCGCGAAAUUUUUCCAUUCUAGAUACAUAUGCCCAAGAGAGUCCAUCUCGACGGAAUAGUUAUAUAGAUGUUGGGAUUCCAUCACCAUUGCAAGAUAUCAACUCAGAUACCUCCAUCAUCAAAAGUUUUGACGUCUCUACUCAAAACAAUAGUACAACCAACUUGGAUCAAAAUGGGUUUGUCUCGAUUGAUAAUUCUUCGGCAACGGCACUUGACACUUCAUCUGAAAGAGACAGCUAUAUCAAACCAACCACAGAGGAGUCAGAUGCAGAGAUUUUAAAGUCCGACUUUGAUCGGUAUGGCUUCAAAAAGAGCACAUCUCAAGGACGUUCUGUUGCGGAAUAUAAUGCCUGGUUUGAACAAUAUUCGGAAUACACUAUCAGACGCAAAAAGAAGUGGGAAAGAGUCAUGAAAGAUCAUGGGUUGCAUAUAUUAACCGCGAGUACCUCAUCAUCCGCUGGUCGAAAUAACGAGGAGAUACCGACUAGGUUCCCGCCUAAGUCGGAUAAGAUAAAGAAAAUGGUGAGGCGAGGUAUUCCAUCAGAAUGGCGUGGCAAUGCCUGGUUUUUCUACGCAGGUGGAUACGACAAGCUACGGAAACACAAGGGACUUUACAAUAAGUUGGUGGUUGAAACAAGAGAUAUCCAGAAUAAAGAAACUGAAGUGAUUGAAAGAGAUUUGUUUCGAACAUUUCCUGACAAUAUUUACUUCAAUGCAUCUAUUAGUAAAGACCCUCCGACUCGUGAAGUCAGCUAUACUAGGGAAGAAACCGCCCUAAUCAAGUCAUUAAGGAGAGUUUUGACUGCUUUUGCUCAUUAUCAGCCACAGAUAGGCUACUGCCAAUCGUUAAAUUUCUUAGUAGGCCUUCUCCUACUUUUUAUGGAUGAAGAGCGUUCAUUUUGGAUGUUGGUCAUCUUGACCGAAAGAAUAAUCCCGAAUGUUCAUCUGGCAGAUUUGGAGGGUGUUCAUACAGAUCAGGGAGUUUUAAUGCUUUGUGUAAAAGAAUACUUGCCUACAUUGUGGGACACCUUGGGGACGGAUUUUGAAGGAGAAAGAUUGAAGGAGGAUAACGUAUUGGCUCGAUUGCCUCCAGUGACGUUGGUUACUUCGUCUUGGUUCAUGUCGCUCUUUGUUGGUGUCUUGCCCAUUGAAACCGCAUUACGUGUUUGGGACAUUUUAUGGUACGAAGGCUCCAAAACCAUUUUCCGCAUAUCAUUGACAAUCUUUAAAAUGUGCAUAGACUCUCCUGAGUUUCAAAGUCAACAAACUCCGGGAGCAGGAGAAAAUCAACAAGUUGAAUUAUUUCAGUUUAUGCAAGGGUUCCCCAAACAGAUUUUAGACCCGAAUUUGUUGAUCGAUCAUUGUUUCAAGAAAAUUGGUGGAUACGGAUUUGGUUCGUUAUCUCAAGGUGAAAUUGACAAGUGUCGGGAUUUCGUCGCAAGACAAAGACAAAAAAUGCAUUUGAAUACAAAACGGAAGGAUUUAACUGAAAUGACAGAAGAAGAGAAACAAAGCUUAAUGAACUCGACAAGUGGUGCGGAGAAGGAGAACAUACAUGAUGUUUAUGGAUUUCAUAGAUCUAUCAUGAGUGGAAUUGUAUGGAAUAAAAGCAUAAGCAACAAGAUGAAAAGAAGAUUUACAGGAAAAAGGGCGUAG